ACCUCGAGCACGGCUGAAGUUCCAAAGCCAGCACCACGCAUGUUCUGUAGGCAGCACUACGGGCAGUGCGCAUGUUCUGGAGCCGGUAACGCCGGGCAUUGCGCAUGUUCUGGAGCAGGAGCUGUCGCCAUGGUGUCUCAGGUUGUCAAAUUGUCAGCUCUUCCAGCUGGCCUGGGCCUGGUCUCUUUCAAAGUAUAUGCUUCAAAUAAAAGUCACCAGGAUAAGGAUCUGAUCAAGCCUGAACAGCUUUCAGUUUACAAUGAACCUUCUACAAACUCCAAGUACAUAACUGAACAGCCUGGUUGGCUCCUUCAACGGAUUUCUAUUGUGAGACAAAAGGUUCAACCGUUUGCUACUCAAUGCAAGGGUGCAUAUAAUGCUAUUAAAAGUGGUGCAGAAAAUACAAUUACAUUUGGGCAAGGUGCCUACGUUUUUCUCAAGGAUCCACCUGAAGGAUUCUUCCCAAGAAUGGGUGUGAUAACUGUGUCUGGAUUGGCUGGAUUAAUUCUGGCAUCAAGAGGUCCACAGUUUAAGAAGAUGGUAUAUCCUGUGGGACUUGCAACUGUAGGAAUGGCCAUUUGUUACCCUCAAGAAGCUAUUUCAGUAGCAAAGUUUUCUGGCCAGAAGAUGUAUGCUGUCAGCCAGGGCAGUUAUGAGGCUGUUCGAUCUCUCUGGAAAAGAAAUACUGCAAAGAAAGAGGGAGACCAGGAGACCACUAAAGUACAGGAGGACCAGCUAAAGCAAGAGUUAAUUGGUAAAGCAGAAAGCACUGAUACUCCACUUGCAGAGGAAUUGCCUCAAAAACUACUAGAGUCAGAAAUUACCUUUGUGCCAACAGAAGAAAAGCAAACGGCUGCAUUUGAUCCUAACUUGAUGGACCAUGGUCAGUCAAAUCCUGAAGAUACAGACUUGUACAGCACUCGAAGCUAAGGACCCAGAAGACUGCAGACAUUUUCAAUAUGCUUUCUGGUAUUUCAAAGAGUCUUUGUUGGCAGUGGAACAAAUUUAUAUAUCUGGAACUGUUAAUAACCACCAUUUAUGCUAGUGUAUGAAUUUAUUUCAUUAUACAGUGUUUAUUUAUUUAUAUCUCAAAAUGUGUCGAUUAUAAACCCGUCAUCUCCUGCUAAGAUUUUACACAUUCAACUGCCACAUUUAAUAAAAAAAUGAGAUUGCUGUUUGUUUAUAUCACAUUGUUUAAUGGUGUACACAACACCCAGAAAAUAAAUAUUGUGUAACUUCAGGAAAA